CCAAAAAUCUCUAGAUCCUUAAAUACCUAUAUUCCCAAAUUCCCAUAAAUCUCUUAUGUCCCGUCCCGAUAAUAUCCUUCAAUCUUCAUCCUGAAGCAGUAAAAAAAUUGAACGAUGAAAAUGAAGAGCCGACAGGUAAAAAAGGUGGGAGAGUAAGGUAACGCUUUUCCAUCGUUCGCGUACAGGGGCCAAAAGCCAACGGGUGUCGGCGCGGGUCGGCGCGGGCGCCCGACGGGGGCUCAGUUUGCUUUCAGUCAUUCCGAAGCACGCGCGGAUAUCUAACACGUUCAUCGUACCUUCAUCUAUCUUUCGCGAUAACGCGACUAAUUGAUCGGAAUUCGGAUCUCUACGCGGGGGUUGUUAUCGAACGGUAAUUCAAAGUGCGAGAUGCGCGGAAAGAGCGUGGCAAUUUUCCUUCUUCUCGCGAUCUGUUCGGAUGCCGCGGUGCGUCCGUUCGCGCCCGCGAGCAAGUUGGGCGACAGCUGCGGAGCGGACGAAGAGUGCGAGUCGAGCAUCGUCGGUGGCCACUGUCGCCGCGGUUUCUGUCGCUGUUUGCCGUACUUCGCGGUUUACAAUGAGACACGCUGUGUCGAGGCCACUCUGCUGGGCGAGGAAUGCCAAGUCGACGAUCAGUGCUCGUUGAAGGUGGCCAACAGCGCGUGCCUCGACGGCCUCUGUUCAUGCAAGGAGGGAUUCUUGCAAUUUCGCCGACACACCUGUCUAGGUCCGGCGAAGCUCGGACAAGUCUGCUACGAGCACGCUCACUGUCGACUAUGGCAGGAGAACUCGCACUGCGACUUCUUGAUACCAGACUUGUUCGGCCGGUGCCAGUGCACGGCGCCGAUGCGAAGGGAGAACGAUGUCUGUCGACCGGAUGAUCUGGUCAGACCUCCGCCGUUGUUUGAUGGAGGGAGUUCGAGCUCUACGGAAGGGGUUGAUCGAGAGGUUGAGGAUCCGACAGGUGUACAGAUAUCAUGGUUGAAGAACGAGACAUCCACCCCAGGUAUAGUGAUCGUCGGACCAACCUUGAUCGUUUCGAACCCUUCGACGACGGUGACGAGUGAUGUGGACGACAAUGACGACUCGGUUGUUAUAGAGGCCAUCACUGAGAUCACGACUACGGUGCGACCGUCUGUUUCGGUGUCGGCGCCCGUAAAAGCGGACCGCCACGAAACAAGGCCAGCAACCCCCGUCAGCCUAGGCCUCGAUUGCCUAUCGGACACCGAGUGCCGCCUCGCAGAUCCCUAUUCCCGAUGCAUCGAGGGCGUCUGCGACUGCGGCUAUAGUAACGACACCUGCAGCGCCAGCAACAGGGGAUGUGCGCCCGGCACCUUCCAGUGUCGAACUUCCGGAAGAUGCAUCAGCUGGUUCUUCGUUUGCGACGGUAGACCUGAUUGUGGAGACGGAUCUGAUGAACGGUGUGCAGAGAACUGCCCUCCGCAGGCGUUCAGAUGCGAGCAGAGCAAGAGCUGCGUGACUAGGGCUGUGCUGUGCGAUGGGAAACGAGAUUGUCCGCAUGGGGAGGACGAGGCUGGUUGCAAUGACAGACGUAAAUGUCCUAAGGGAGCCUUCAGGUGCAACAACGGUCAGUGUCUACCCGCCUACGAGUUCUGCAACGCGGUGGUGUCCUGUCGCGACGGGAGCGACGAGCCCAGGGGAGCCUGCAGGACCAGGAACUACGGGAGGAUCGGUCCUAGGCAUUGUCCUUUCAGGUGCGACAACGGGAGGUGCCGCUCUGACGCCAUCACGUGCAGCGGACGCGAUGGCUGCGGCGACGGCUCUGACGAGACGCGGUGCACUGUCUGCAGAUGUUCAGCGUUUGCUUAGAUUUAAGAGAAACGUCCUUGAAAAUACCGCAUCCUAUUGGGACCAAAAGUCUUUUAUGUCCUUGACAUAUAUUUGAGGAAAGUCUUUUAUGUCCUUGACAUAUACUUGAGGAAAACUCGUGGUAAUCAAAGAAUUAUAUAAAAUGGGAAGAGUUGAGUGCCUGUCCAGUUACUAAAUAAAUCACAUUAUAAUACGUCACUGUGAAUUUAUUUGAACCACCCCUCCCUUAAAAAGAGGGUCAAUCCAUGGACCACAUUUCCUCGCAAGAUCAAUACAGAGUCUACAGAUUUUAUUGCUACAUUAAAACUCUUAUGAGUGAACCUUGGAACAGUUUCCAUCUGAAACUGAAGGUCCUUUUUAAAUGUCCGCAAAAGCUGUUACAUAAUCAAAUCUGUGGACCACAUUUCUUCACAAGAUCAAUAUAAAUUAAGAGGGGCAAUACCUUUAGAAUCUUAAAAAAUUACAAAA